AUGCCUACCUCCGUGGUUGGCCUCAUUGCACUCCGGAUGCCCGCAGCUCCACUGUCGCUCGCCCGCUGGUGCCCGUCAGCGACCAUCCGACACCUGAAUAAGGCUUGGAACGGUGUAGACAGCGCGCAAGCGGCGUGCAGUCAACCUGGACGAUCACCGUCCCUCUCGAGAAUAGAUGCUUCCGAAUUUUGGCCCCCUGUCUUGGGACGAAGGCGUUGGCUGAGGACGUCGGCCGCAGCAGAAUCGUCGUGCAGCAGGCCAACAAAAUCUGGGGGCGGUGAAGACUCUUUGAAUGCCACGACAGGAGGCACCAAAACCCCUGUGCCAACCUACGAGAGCGCAGAGGAUACAAUUGCCGCUGUUGUUACAGGUGCCCAGCAAUCCGCUGUUGCCAUCAUUCGCAUUUCUGGAUCAGCUGCUGUUCCUAUUGCCAGGAAAGUUUUCCAACAACAGAGCAGCCAGAAUGGACAGAUAUGGAACCCACAGAGCCACCGUGUCUACUUUGGGCAUGUUGUUGGUGACAAGGACACAAUACUUGAUGAGGUCCUAUGCUUGGUGAUGUUAUCUCCCAAGUCAUACACAUGUGAAGAUGUUGUUGAGUUCCAGUGCCAUGGAGGACCUGUUUGCUGUCAACGUGUGUUGAAUACUUGUGUAAGAGCUGGUGCUCGGCUGGCGCGACCAGGUGAAUUCACCCUCAGAGCUUUCCUCAAUGGGCGAUUGGACCUUUCACAGGCUGAAAGCGUGCUGCAGCUGGUUGAGUCAAGAACGGCUGCGGCAGCUGACAGUGCACUGGCAGGGCUGAAAGGAGGCAUAGGUGAUGAGAUUAGAAGCUUGAGGAAGAUCUGCAUUGAUCUUGUGGCAGAACUUGAGGCUCGCCUAGAUUUCGAGGAAGAUCUUCCAGAAGUGGACAAAUCCCGUCUGGCUUCAGAUGUGGCUGCUCUGCAACAUGGUAUUGAAUGCACGCUGAAAACAGCGCAGCAUGGCAGAUUGUUGAGGCAAGGGCUGCAGGUUGCCAUUGUUGGCCGUCCCAAUGUUGGGAAAUCCAGUCUGUUGAAUGCUUGGACAGGCACUGACAGGGCAAUAGUCACGGCUAUUCCAGGAACGACCAGGGACAUCGUUGAGGCAGGUGUGACUGUCAAUGGGGUCCCUGUGACGCUAUUGGACACAGCUGGCAUCUGGGAUGGGAGCAAUAUUGUGGAGCAGAUUGGAAUUGAAAGAUCCAGCAAGACGGCAUUGGCUGCAGACAUUGUUCUAAUGGUCAUUGAUGCAGCGGAGGGGUGGAUGCCAGGCGAUGCUGAAGUAUUCCACCAGCUUUGGGGCAAGCCUCCCUCCAGAACGUCCAGCGCAAAUGUGAAAGGGCCAGCCAUACUAGUGGCAAAUAAGAUGGACAAAGCAGGGGAUUUCUCAGCAGCUUCUCUACCUCUAGUUGUGAAAGAACAGUUUGGACAGAUUGUGACAACAUGUGCUUUGGAGUCGAAGGGACUUGAUGCACUGGAGGAUGCAAUGAUGGCCGUACUUGGAGUUGAACAGGUUUCUUCGCAAGGCCAUGGAUGGGCAGUGAAUCAGAGGCAGUGUGAAGCCUUGGUGAGGGCCCACGAGUCUUUGAUGAAAGUUUCAGAGACCAUAAACCAGGACCUGCCUAUUGACUUCUGGACGAUUGAUUUACGGGGGGCACUUGUGUCACUCGGGGAGGUGACUGGCGACGAGGUCACUGAGGAAAUCCUUGAUGCAGUGUUUGGAAAUUUCUGCAUUGGGAAGUAG